AGAGGGCUCUCACAGAAACAUGUCAGCGCCCGUGCAAAACUAUUGCGUUUGCUCAUUGUAGUCUAUGAGUUUACGUAUUUCCAUAGUAUUUCCUUGUUACACCAUACAGAAAUACAUGGGUACUCAGUGCUUUUGUAAAGGUAUAAGGACGUGCCUUGUUUGCGAAACGAGCAAAGAGGCACAGAGACCAUGGGAUGAGAUUGAAGGAAAGCAUUUCUUCUUAUAUUGUGAUCACUGUAAAACUGCAUGGAGUUCCAACUACAAUGGAUGUCAUAAAGAGAGCAUCAGUGGAACCACGCCAGUAAACCACUCUGGUUGGUACACCAAUUUGUCAGGCAUAAUACUAUUGCCAGAGUUCAUCACAGAAGAAGAAGAAAGCUACCUUUUAGAAGAAAUGGAGAAGCACGAGUGGGUUGAGUCGCAAUCUGGUCGAAGAAAACAGGAUUUCGGACCGAAGACGAACUUCAAGAAGAAGAAGGUGCGUCUGUCGACGUUCACUGGGCUUCCGGCAUACAGCCGUGAGCUCGUGAGGCGUCUGCAGCGCGUCGACGCGCUCGCGGGGUUCCUUGCCGUCGAGCAGUGCAACCUCGAGUACACGCCCGAGCGCGGCUCGGCGAUCGACCCGCACUUCGAUGACUUCUGGCUGUGGGGCGAGCGGCUCGUGUCGGUCAACCUGGUGUCGGACACCGUCAUGGCGUUCCUGCCCGACAAGUCGCAGCUGCUGCGCGUUCCCGUCGCGUUUGCCGAUGGUGGUGGUGCUUGUGACGGCGCGUCCUCGGGUGACGGUGCAUCCUUGGGUGACAGAGCGCAUGACGGUGCAUGUGACGGCGCAUGCUCGGGUGACAGCAUGCGUGAAGGUGUGUCAUCAUGCGACAGAGCGUGUGACGGCGCAUCCUUCGGUGACGGCGCGUCCUGUGGCAACUGUGCGUAUGGCGGCGCGUGUGACGGUGCAUCCUUGGGUGACAGAGCGCAUGACGGUGCAUGUGACGGCGCAUGCUCGGGUGACAGCAUGCGUGAAGGUGUGUCAUCAUGCGACAGAGCGUGUGACGGCGCAUCCUUGGGUGACGGCGCGUCCUGUGGCAACUGUGCGUAUGGCGGCGCGUGUGACAGUGCGUCCUUGGGUGACAGAGCGCGUGACUGUGCAUCCCCGGGUGACGGCGCAUGUGAUGACGCAUCCUCGGGUGACAGCGAGGUGUGUCGUUCCCACGACGAUGAACGCAGAGUCGCCGCGUCCGCUCCCACCGAUCUGAGGACCGUUGUCAAGGAACACGAAAGUAAUGGUGAACAAAACAUAUCGAGCUCGCCAGACGCCUCGAACGUCGACGCAGUGAACGCUCAAGAAAACGCCCCGAGUUUGCCAGACGCCGCCCCGAUCGUCGACGCAGUGAACGCUCAAGGGGGCAUCUCGCGGAAAUCUCGAAUUGCGAAAAUAGCGCGCAAUGGCUCGUGCACAUGCGUCGAUGCUGCUGGGGACGGCAGAAAGCGCCAAGCGGCCGGCGCGAACUCCGACCUCUCGCCGGAGUUCGCCGGGCGGACGCCGACGCUGCCGUGUGCGAGCGUUGAGGUACACGUGCUGCUGCCGAGGAGGUCGGUGCUCGUGAUGGCGGGCGCGGCUCGGUCGGCGUGGAAGCACUGCAUACACCGUCGCGACGUCACGCGCCGCCGCGUCGCCAUCACCCUGCGCGAGCUGUCUCGCGAGUUCAAGCCCGGGGGUCGCGAGGCCGACCUCGGCGCUCGUCUCGAGACGCUGGCUCAGAGUUUCGCCGGGUCCGUCGUCAGGUGACCUCCCCCGUGCGCGUGCGUGGUUGCGUCGACCCCAUGUUCUAUGUUCGGUUACAUUGUUCCUUAUAUCGAUCGAUGUUUAAAUAACGAUAGACCGAUUAUAUCAAUAUUAUGAUCGAGUUAGCAGUUACUGUCUUUCUUGUCAGAUGGUUCGAGUGAUCAGUCGGUGAUGGGAUUUAGAAAAGCCAAAAUGUCAAAUGAAUGCAAUAACAGUAUAUUAUAUAUUUAAUAAACAUUUAUUCCCAUGCAUUCCAUCCCUGUAAUAUAAUUGUAAUUUGUAAUCUCCAGAGAGUAAAUAUCAUUAAUAUUAUAAUUUUGAAUUAUCUUCAUUACUUCUGAAAUAAUAGAAACCAUUUGUUGCCACAUGUUCCCUAUCAGAAUGCUUUAUAUUGUGAUCUCUCUAGGGACAGAUUUGAUCUCUAUGAGUUUGAGGUAUACACAGGUGAUAGAAGUAUUUUAAGUUGAAAACCCUUGUUCACGACAUCUUGUGUGCCACGUUAUACAUAAGCAAAUGCACAUUUCACAAACAGUGUGGAAACACUUUUCACCAUGAUGUUUAGUUACGUUGAUACAUUGCCGUCUUGCAAAAAAAA